CCACUCACACAGACACACGGCGCAUCGAGCACUUGCAAAUUGUGAUAUUUCCGGUGCGCGUGCUUCCGUCCUAGCUCACCACCAAUCUGCUCCAGCUCAGCUCGUCGCCGGCCAUGGGGAACUGCCUGGUGAUCCAGGACACAAGGGAGAUCAAGGUGAUGAGCGUCGUCGACGGCGAAAUCCUCAAGGCGCUCCCGACGCCACCCCUCUGCAAGGGCGCCCUCGCACCCGCCUCCGACUCCUCCGACGCUGCCGACGCGCUCCGGCGGCAGAAGCAAAGCCUCGACAUCCGGGCGGACGAGCUGCACCGCUUGUUCGCGUCCGAUGCUAAGGCACCUGCUGCCGCGGCUGACCAGGGCGCCGUCGUGAGGGUGAAGCUGGUGAUCAGCAAGCAGGAGCUGAGGAGGAUGCUGGGCAAGGACGACGAGGCCGGCUCCAUGGACGACAUGGUUGUUGCCCUCAUGCGAAGAGGAUUGGAGGACCAGAAGCAGGAGGACGUCAGUUGCUACAGAGGGUGGCGCCCUGCCUUGCAUAGCAUACCUGAAGGCAGCGGUGAUUUGUAUUCUAUAUUAGCAUAAGAAAUUAAAUGGCUAUUUUGGGAGCUUGCUGGAAAAAUAUGCAUAUAUGGAUACCAAGCAUAAAAAAAAUGCAUGUGUAUAUGUAUACAUUUAUAUUCACAUCGGAAAUAGAGAUCAUACUUCCUUCGUUCUUAAA